UAGGAUAGGGGUAUAAUAAAAUACUAAAAUUUCAACUUUUUGCUCCUAAGCCUCAAGAAUUCAUCCGCCUAAUAAAUGCAACAAUAGUAAAUGAAGCAGAACAGAAAAAGAAAAACCACAGCAUUACUUACAGUCAGCCUCAGAUGAGAUGUGAGCAUAGAGAGAAAAUCUAGCUCAGUGUACCAAUAAAGCUGGGCUUGGGUUUAAACAGAGUCCACAAAUGCAAGGUGCUACCAAGCAAACAAAAACGAAAUAAAAGAAAGCGGAUGAGGUGGAUGACGAAGGAACCCGUAAAGGAGGGAAGCCGAAAAGCGCCUCUUAACCCAAAACCUUGCGAGAGAGAAUGGAAUCUCAUUUCCCACUACCUCACGCGGUCACCAACAGGCAUUGCUCACAAACAUUCUUUUUCUCUCUCAAAUCUAAAAUCACCCGAACAAAAUAAUUAAAAACACACAUUAAGAAUCAAAACUAUGCUUCGCAGACCGCAUAUUAAAUCCAAAAUUCAAAAAAGCAAACCUCAAAAGCACAUCCCCCCUCCUCUCCGCUAUCAACGCUCUCUCUCUCUGCCCCGCCACCCCCACACCCCAAAAAAAAGAAAAUCCAAAACAAAUUUCCGUUUUUUCCUUCUUGACUUGCCCAAAGCUCACUCAACCCCUUCUUUUCUUUUUUGCUCCCCCAGAAUUAAAAUGAGACCAUGACGACGUCGUCUCAGCAGCCUCCACCGCAGCCGCCCACGACGGUGCGGAAAGUGAUCGUGGAAGUGAUCGACGCUCGUGAUCUUCUUCCCAAAGACGGUCAAGGAAGCUCCAGCCCUUACGUCAUUGCCGAUUUCGACGGUCAAAAAAAGAGAACUUCCACAAAAUACAGGGAACUUAACCCCGUAUGGAACGAGCCGUUGGAAUUUACGGUGUCCGACCCUGAAAAUAUGGAUGUCGAAGAGCUUGAAAUUGAGGUUUUCAAUGAUAAGAAAUUCGGGAAUGGAAGUGGCCGUAAAAAUCACUUUUUGGGGAGGGUCAAGUUGUACGGGAGCCAGUUUGCCAGGCGAGGUGAGGAAGGGUUGAUUUAUUUUCCAUUGGAGAAAAAGAGUGUUUUCAGUUGGAUUAGAGGUGAGAUUGGGCUUAAGAUUUAUUAUUAUGAUGAGAUUGUUGAAGAUCAGCCUCCGCCGGAAGAACAGUCACCGCAGCAGCAGCAGCAACAGUCACCGCAGAUGGAGGAGCCGAAACCUUCUCCCGGGCUUCUUGUUGUAGAGGAAGGUAGGGUUUUUGAGGUUCCUACUGCACACAUGGAGUUUCCUCAUGGAGUUCAUGGCCAUGGUCAGGGUCCUAUCCCAUGUUAUCCUUCGUCGCCUGUUGUGGUCGUCGAGGAAUCACCACCGCAUGUUGUUCGUAUUCAUGAGGAGCUGCCGCCUCCGGUGGAGGCAACGGCUUUGCCACCACAUAUGGCGUCCGGAAUUCCGGUCUCUGAGGUGCAUUUUACAGUACCAGAGGUGAGGAGGAUGCAGAGUAACAGAGGCGAGAGAGUUAGGGUUUUGAAGAGACCACAUGGAGACUAUUUACCUAAAGACAUUGGAGGUAACAAAACUAAAGCUGACAAUGCCGCCGCUGCCGGGGCCGGUGGCGCCGAGAGGAUCCAUCCGUUCGAUCUAGUUGAGCCGAUGCAGUAUUUGUUCGUUAAAAUAGUUAAAGCGCGUGGAUUAGCUCCAAACGAAUGCCCCUACGUUAAGAUCCGUACAUCCAGCCAUUCCCUCAAAUCGAAGCCGACGAUUUACCGUCCAGGUGAGCCAACAGACUCGCCCGAGUGGCGACAAGUGUUCGCUUUAGGUUAUAAUAAACAAGAAUCAGUCACAGCGACGCUUGAGAUCUCCGUUUGGGACGCUCCGACGGAAAAUUUUCUCGGCGGCGUUUGUUUUGAUCUUUCAGAUGUUCCAGUCCGAGAGCCGCCGGAUAGUCCUUUAGCUCCGCAAUGGUACCGGCUCGAAACCGGCGCGGUUGAUCAGAAUUCAGGUAGGGUUUCCGGUGAUAUCCAGCUGGCUGUUUGGAUCGGUACUCAAAAUGACGACGCCUUCCCAGAAGCGUGGAGUUCAGACGCGCCAUACGUGGCACACACUCGGUCGAAAGUUUAUCAAUCCCCAAAGCUUUGGUAUUUGAGAUUGACUUUGAUCGAAGCUCAGGAUCUCCAAAUUGCGCCGAAUCUGCCUCCGUUAACAGUGCCAGAAAUUCGAGUGAAAGCGCAGCUAGGGUUUCAAUCCGUACGGUCAAGGAGAGGAAAUAUGAACAAUCAUAGUAUGUCAGUGCACUGGAACGAGGACUUGAUCUUCGUCGCCGGCGAACCUCUCGAAGAUUCGUUAAUUUUGUUAGUGGAAGACCGUACAAACAAGGAGGCCACUGUCCUUGGCCUCGUCAUUAUCCCAUUGAUCUCAAUCGAGCAGCGGAUAGAUGAGCGCCACGUGGCAUCAAAAUGGUAUGGGCUGGAAGGAGGAGCAGGCGGUGGAGGUGGGCCCUACGGCGGGAAAAUUCACCUGCGGCUGUGCUUAGAGGGUGGCUAUCACGUGCUGGAUGAAGCGGCGCACGUGUGCAGUGACUUUAGACCCACAGCUAAGCAGCUUUGGAAGCCGGCUAUUGGGAUUUUGGAGCUGGGGAUUCUUGGGGCUCGCGGCUUGCUCCCGAUGAAAACCAAAGGCGGAGGAAAGGGGUCUACCGAUGCUUACUGUGUUGCCAAAUAUGGGAAAAAGUGGGUCCGCACAAGGACCGUCACGGACAGCUUCGAUCCACGCUGGAACGAGCAGUACACGUGGCAAGUCUAUGACCCCUGCACUGUCCUAACUGUCGGGGUUUUUGACAAUUGGCGUAUGUUUGCAGACGCGUCAGAAGACAAACCAGACUCCCGUAUUGGCAAAAUACGGAUACGCAUAUCUACGCUAGAGAGUAACAAAGUGUACACCAAUUCGUAUCCAUUGUUGGUUUUGACAAGAAUGGGGUUAAAGAAAAUGGGUGAGAUUGAACUAGCGGUUCGGUUCGCCUGCCCGUCAUUGUUACCGGACACGUGUUCGGCUUACGGGCAGCCAUUGCUUCCAAGAAUGCAUUAUCUCCGCCCACUCGGGGUGGCUCAGCAGGAGGCAUUGCGCGGAGCCGCUACGAAGAUGGUGGCACAAUGGCUUGCAAGGUCAGAGCCACCGUUGGGGCAGGAGGUGGUAAGGUACAUGUUGGAUGCGGAUUCUCAUACAUGGAGCAUGAGAAAGAGUAAGGCUAAUUGGUUUCGGAUUGUGGCAGUUCUCGCAUGGGCGGUCGGGUUGGCAAAAUGGUUGGAUGAUAUUAGGAGGUGGAGGAACCCAGUUACUACGGUGUUGGUCCAUGUUUUGUAUUUGGUGCUUGUUUGGUACCCGGAUUUGAUUGUGCCAACGGGUUUUUUAUAUGUGGUGUUAAUUGGAGUUUGGUAUUACAGAUUUAGGCCCAAGAUACCAGCGGGAAUGGAUAUCAGGCUGUCCCAAGCUGAAACAGUUGACCCGGAUGAGCUGGAUGAGGAGUUUGAUACAAUUCCGAGUUCAAAGCCACCUGAGCUAAUCAGGGCCAGAUACGAUAGGUUGAGAAUAUUGGCCGGAAGGGUUCAGACUGUUUUGGGUGAUUUUGCAACCCAGGGGGAGAGGGUCCAAGCCCUGGUGAGUUGGAGGGACCCAAGGGCCACAAAAUUGUUCAUUGGGGUCUGCUUGGCCAUCACUCUGAUACUUUAUGUGGUGCCACCAAAAAUGGUGGCUGUGGCAUUAGGAUUUUAUUAUCUGAGGCACCCCAUGUUCAGAGACCCCAUGCCGCCGGCUAGCUUGAACUUUUUCCGGCGGCUUCCGAGCUUGUCGGAUCGGUUAAUGUAGAGAUGAAGAGUAGGUACAUAUAUUAUUAGUAAAUUUUUAGAUACCAGGUUAUGGGGGGUAUGGUGGGGAAGAGGGUGAAACACGAACAACUGUUGCGUUGAAAAAGUUGUCCCCAAAUAACAUUGUAAGGAGUGAAAGGGGGAUUAAAAGGGGAAGCGGCAAGUUGUCAUUACAUCUCUUUAUUUAUUAUUUUUAUUAAUUUUUUUUUUUUAUGUUUUUGUUUGUCUGGUAUGGCAAUUGAAUGACUUGGAAUAAGAGAAAGGAGGUGGGGGAAAAGACAGCUUGGGAAGGGGGAGAAAAUUGAGUGUUGAGAUGAAAAAGGGGAUUUUAAACGGCUCUGCGAGUGAUUAUUGUAUUGUACCCAUGUAAACAAAAGUAAAAACACUGAAAUCGUUUUCUAACAUAUGAAAAACCUACCUUCACUUGCUUGUUUUUUGCUUCUA